AUGAAACCAAUUACUUUAAUUUUCGUCGCUAUCGCCACUAUACUGGCCAUACAUGUGCUCUCGGUAGAUUCACAAUCUAGCAGUACUAAUAGUACUUCCAGUACUAAUAGUACUACCAGUACUACAACUUCAAAUACAACGACUGUGGCUCCGACAAGUUCCUCUAGUUCAACUUCUGCGAGUACUUCCUCUAACUCCAGCAGCUCGUCGCGAAGGAGAAGAAACGCUCGAUUUAGGAGACGUUAUCUGGCUGCAAGAAGGAGGGCAAGGCGCCGUCACAGGAAAAGGGCAGCCGCCAAUAGGAAGAAAGAACAACGACAAAUCAGAAGAAGAAAUCGAAGGCGCAAUAAUGGAAAUGGUUAA